AUGGCUUCUUAUGAAGUCCCAGAUUACGAUGACUCUGAGGAAGAGUCAGAUGGAGACAUUCUUCCCCCUCGAACCAACCAAGAAUUGCGACUAACAAAACUCGGAAGCGCCAUACCAAUCCCCCCUCAGUCCGAUAUCCCAGACAGUGAAGGUCCAGAAGAAGUCUUGCCCGAGGUCACCAUGCUCAACUCGGUGAUAAUGUCUGGUGCUAACGGCCCUCGCACAUCAGAAGCACCACCAUCUUCUAAACCUGGAAAGCUGCCUAGGCCCUCAAUUGACCUCACCCAUAGACCACCGACUGAGGUCCCGCGCGAAGAUCCGUACAAGAUCGAAGCCUUACCUGAACCCGUGGCCCAUCCAAGCUCUAGUUUACUUCGGCAGAAAGUGUCCAAGAAGCCAAAAAUGUCUUCGUUGCCCAGUCGCCCACAGAGACAGAUAAGAACUGCCUCCAGAAAAGGCAUGUUGGAUACAGAUCCGCUUUCCGCCAUCGUGGUUGAAUCGCAUUCCACCAUAGGGCGUGUCGACCACACAUAUGAAUCCCAAGAACGUGACCCAAAACGUCAAAAGCGCGAAACCGCGGUUCCAGAAGCUCGAGCUCGCCGUUCCGGACCAGCAACGCGCUCUUCAAAGCAACAAGUGACACCAAGACCCGAUCUAUCGCGACCUAUUGGCAGGCAGAUUCAAGAGAAGAAUCGUUCGGUCUCAAUGAAUCAGAAUCAGCCCCGUGUCCCCGAAAAUGGCCUAACUCCUACACUAGACGCGCAGCGACUCUCCCUCAGAUCUCCCCGUCGAGUAUAUACUGCACCAAAAAAGGUUUCAGAAGUUGUGGUUAAUACAUCUACUUCGAACCAAAUUCCAACCGAGAGUACAAAUACAAGUAAACAGCCGAUAUCUCCUCCAGCAAUUGUUCAAGAUCCGCCCAUCACGAGAACUUCACCGGUCUCACCAGCGGAUGCUGUGCAACAUCAUUGUCAAGAACGCAUGAGUUUAGGUCAUUCAGCAGAUCCAGUAUCGCCAGUGGUCGACAUCAAACACGUGCAAACACCUGUGGUCGAGGAGAGCCUGAGAUCUACCUGGGAAGACUCUUGCCUCUUCGAACCAUGCACGCAACCCGCAAGGGAUACGCGGUCCCAGGCUGAAAUACUUGAAGCAGACGCUGAAAGGAUACAGGGGCUUUAUGAAACGUACUUGGAAAACGACUCUGAGGACGACUUUGCUCGGUCUGAGAAUGUUAUUGAUGAGAAAAAUAGUCGUGAGGAUAUCUUUGUGCCAAAAGAGCUGGACGCGGCUCUUAAAUUUGCACACUUUAUCCACGAAGAAGCUGAUUCAGUUCGGCAGAGGUUCGGUGGCAUUGACAUCUCAAAAAGCUAUAACACCCUGAAGAAAAGCGUCUUACGGUGGAAAGCCGCACAGAAUUACGGCGAAACAGAACGACUUAUCCAGCUCUCCCAGAAGACCAGGAAAGAAGCAAAGGCUAUCCUCCAGAAAUCUGAGUGGGACCAGCAGGUAGGGCUUGAUUACAUCUAUAAACGUGUGUUGCCGACACUUGUGCGCAUGUUGUAUGUCACCUUGGUAUACUACCUCUCGGAUGUAGGAAAAAUGGAAAGGCUUUCCUACGAACCAGUGGAGGAAUCGAGAAGCGUCAUCGCAGCUAUUCUCUAUAUCUUCAAUCAAACCAAGAAGGACGCAAAAACACGAUAUACUCGCUCACGGGAUGUCAUAUCAAUGAUCGCCAGGAUCAAGGAGGUAACCAAAGGCUUUCAUCGUCGUUUCAAAGACCUUAAAGUGGCAAGAUCGACAGCAGAGGCUGUUCAGGGACAGCAGACUCGGGGAUUACGCCAGGAGGAAGUCGACCGAAGAGGUGAGGAUGAGCUCAAGCUGAAGGAAUGGAGACACCGUUGGACUGUGCUCCAUGAUCAAAGACUUGGUGCGGCAAUGGAGGGUCGUACCUUCCUGAGCGGCGAACAAAGCCGUCACCUGCGACAGAUUCCUCUCGACGAUCCGUAUGUCGCUGCUCGUUAUUGGGACGAUACGGACAGCUUCUAUCUGGUAGAAGGUCUCGAAAAGUUCAAAGGGCCGAAUGUGUAUCGAGAGAUCUUCCGCAAAUAUUGUCGGCAUGGAGGACCCCUCCAGCAAUUUAACGUAGCAGAGAUAGUCGACAAGGCAGUGUCGUUGAAAGCGGCAGUUAUAAAGUUAGCUGAAGACGAUGAUGAGGAGCCGGAACAAUGGGUCAAGGAUGUAUUUGAUCCGAGAUUACCUCCUCAAAGGCUGGGUCGGGACGAACGUCGCGAUCAAGAUUGA